AUGGAGAACAAAGUCAAGGCUGUGAUCUCCAACUUCACCAGUGCCAUUGAUUAUGCCAAACCACCCAGACAGGAGCCUCCAGUCUACAGGGCUGGCAAUGAGAAGCAGGAUGACGACAAGUCCGAACUGAUGAUGCCAAGGAAAGGAGGAAAGAAAGGGAGAGAAGGAGAGACAGAGGAGAAGAACAAGAAACCAGAGUUCUCCAAUGAUGUCCGGUCUUUCGCUAUUGUCCUGAUGGAGAUGAUGGCUUGGUUGAAGCAGAAGCAAGUUGAUCAGGGUUUGGAUCAAGACAAUGCUGUUGGCUUCAAAGGCCAUAUCCUUUGGGAUAAACCUGAUCAAGGGUCAGUCAUCGGAGCGAGACUUGCUGGUGAGGGAUUUGUGAAAUCAGUUAAGGGUGUCCCUAGUGUUUUUUACUCCCCUAAUGUCAGUCAGGAGAGACUGGAUAUUGAAGCUGGUCAACUCUUGAGUGAUGGAGCAGGAAGCGGAAAGGAAGGGACAGAUGAUAGGAAUGGCACACCAAGUCCAAAGAGGAUUUACUAUGCAAAUCAGGGUUACGCAGUAGAAGAUAUGCGAGCUAGGAGGGCAAUGAGUGAUGCUGGAGUUUAUCGGAAGAUUCUGAAUAAGAGAAUGGACCGAACAAACCUCCCUCCAAGACCAAAAAGUGGCGUUGCUGAUAUUCCUUCAAGAGAAAACCUUGACAGUACAUAUGUUGGACAUGCAAAGGGUAAGAAAGGAGGUAGCAGGGAAGAUGAUGCAGAGAGGUUGAUAAAACCAGAUGAUGGUGAUGCUCAUGGUUACCAUAGUAACAGACAUGGAGGAAUGGUAUCUGAUUACAAUAGAAAUAAUUUAACAGGAGAUGGAAGCUGCUUGAAGGACAAUCCGCGACUAGCAGCAACAUUUCCACGACGUUCAAUGAUGUCAUCUGAAAUCCUGAAGAGCGAAAAGCGGCACAGCUUGUGUAGCAGUGAUAGCGGGAUAUCAUCACCUCGAAACUCUAUGAGAAGUACUAAUAAGUGUGGACAGAGUAAAAAAGCAGAUGCUCACUUGAUAGAACUGAAUGACAGGGUAGAAUCAGCUCUCUCUGACAGUGAAGCCACUCGAGGUACAGCGGUUUCAAAGUUGAGAGGCAUGUUGGAUGCAACUGCUCAGAAUUUGAAGGUCAGUGAAGGGUCUACUGAUGGAGAUUCUUGUCAUGAGGAUGACUCCAUGAUAGAAUAUGGACAGAAUUUCAGAAACAAUCAUAGGAGAAAACCCAAACAGCAACACUCUUGUCCAAGUGACACAGGAAGUGAUGACUCCAAAUCUGAUGUUGAAAAAUCAUACAGGUCAAGAGUAAAAUCAUGUGACCAAAGUGAUACAGAGAAAGAGACAGAUUAUGAAAGUGAUAGAAGGAGAGGUAGUGGAGAUGGAGCAGAGACACGCUCCACAAGUUCCCUCUCCAAGUUCUAUGUCCGCAAAAAGUCAUUGACGCCAUUCACAGCAGGGAUUCCAGAAUCGCUGACCCCACCCUGCAGUCGACCUGUCAGUAGGGCCAGCAGUGCAGCUUCCCUCCUAGAUGCUCAGGACUCUUGCAGGGCUAAGUCUUACUAUGAAGGCUCCAAGGGACAACGUAAGUUCUCACUAGGUGCUGUUAAACAUGAAGGACAAGUAUAUGCCUUACCGAGUGGUUCAGCCUAUGGCUACUCACAUGCUACACUACCCAAAGACCACCCAUCUAGAAGCAGAUGUCGAACCAUGGACGUUCGAUCAAUGACAUUGUCCAGAACCUCAAACAUUCAAGACCAUCAGGUUGUCAUGGGACGCAAUGGAUGGGGAUACUCCCAUUUAGUAGUUGGCGGCAGCGGUGUCCGUACGCUACCACAAGCGAUGCACAAUGGGGAGCACUUCUUUAUCAGGACAGUUCCCAGUGGAGUCACUAAACACCAUGUAGCCUAUAGUCAGCAGCUUCUAAGUGCUCUUCCUUGCCUCAAGGUAGGGGCAGGUCAGGAUCAACUCCUAGAGGUUGGAGACACCCAUGUAGCCAUUAUGGAAUGGCUGGUCGUCAUCAGGGAUUCCGACAGUUGCCUCAAUAAACAGUUACUGAACAUUCUGAAAGCUUGUUGGAGCCGAGAGCCAUGUCCAGAGGCCAAUGACGUCCACUGCAUGCUGGAUAAUUGUGUGACAGAAGUUCCACUUUGAUGAGGGCAAAGGUCACUUAGCACCCUAGUCACCCCAAAAAACAAUAUUUUUGGAUGAUUAUUUUAGUACAAAAUUAUCAGCUGCAAGAUGGCGAUUACUUGCAAGAGAAUAAUACAAUAUUUUUCCUUUAAUCACCUUACCUAAAUAUUCCUGAGCAAAUUUUGAUCUGUUUUAUAGUAAAUUUUGUAUACUAAUAGUUUAUUUGUAAAUGUAUAUGAAACACUAUAUGCUACGGAAGCUUAAAAGUGCCACC